AUGAGAGCGAUUACAUGUACAGUUGUAGGGGAUGGUUCCACAGGUAAAACAUCACUUUUAAUUUCAUAUACAACCAAUACAUUUCCUCAAGAUUAUGUUCCAACUGUUUUCGAUAAUUACAGUACCAAUCUGUCAGUGAGUGAUCCAUUCCCCAAUUCAAAGUCAUCCUUGGAGAAACAAGUUUUCAAAAUGAAUUUAUGGGAUACAGCAGGCCAAGAAGAAUAUGAUACAUUGAGACCAUUAUCCUAUCCACAAACUGAUAUUUUCUUAAUCUGUUUUGCCAUCAAUGAUAUUAUUAGCUUUAACAAUAUUAAGAAUAGAUGGAUUCCAGAAAUAUUAAACAAUUUAACACAAUCUCAUUUGAAGAAAUAUGAACAAUCGAAUAAGUAUCCAAUUUUGUUAGUUGGUACUAAAUCUGAUAUUAAAUACGAGAAUAAUAAUAAUAAUAAUAAUAAUAAUAAUAAUAAGAUUGUUACAAAGGAAGAUAUUGAAACUUUAAUUAAGGAACAUGGACUGUUAGGAUAUAUUGAAUGUUCUGCAUUAACACAAGUUGGUGUUAAAGAUGUCUUUGAGAAGGCCGUUCAAUUGGUAGUUUUUGACUCAACAUCGAGUAAGUUACCCUUAUACAUCACUCCAGAGGGUGAUGAUGAUGGUGCUGAUGAUAUUCCAAAGAAAGAAUCAAACGUUGGUGAUGAUAAUAAUACUCAAGCUGUAACUAAACCUUCAAGUAAAGUUUCGACUUCACAUGAUGAUAUUAUUAAUAGACAUACAUCAACUGAAGCCCACGCUGUUAUUUCCGAACAACCUAAACCUCAUACAUCUCAAAAGCCAAAGAGGAAAAUACAUUCCAAUGCCAAUACUAGGCCAUCGCAAAAGCCAAAAAGUAAGAAAAAAAAGAACAAACUAUGCGUCAUAUUAUAG